AUGCACAUUUUCCAAUUACUAGCCAUAACCGCUGUCCUCCUCAUAACACCAGCUACAAGCGCCAAACCACCAGGCCAAGAUGCAAUCCUCCUAUCCAAUGUCCAAACCUUAACACUGCGCGACCAACGAAUGACCAGCUCCCGACGCGUGGCUCCAAUGCCCCAGCUCAGCUGCACAGGACCCUCAAAGAAGAUCUGCGAUCUAUACCAAAUCGAAACUAUGCGCUGCACAAAUCAGGGCUACGACUAUGACGAGGAAGAUGUCCAGUGGACCUGCACUGCCUCCCUCCCAGCUGAAUUCAAGCUCGGUGCUACAGAUGUCAUCUGUGAGGGGUAUCGGAAUUCGAAUGAUAAGUGGGUUCUGAAGGGGAGCUGUGGGGUUGAGUAUCGCCUUUUGCUCACUGAGCAAGGAGAAAAGAGGUUUGGGAAGAGUCAGAGUCGUGAGGAUGCGGGCUGGGCUUCGAGACAGACGGGGGGUACGGCUGGAUAUCGGAAGAUGUUUGCCCUACUGGGGGAUCUGAUCUUCUGGGGAUUUUUUGUUUCUGUUGCUGUCUUGAUCUUUUGGCCUAUGAUUGCGAAUUGUUUUGGGCUGCGGAGAAAUCGCGGUGGCAGAGCUGCUGGACAGGGCUGGAGUGGUUUCUGGGGCGGAGGUGGUGGUGGAGGAGGUGGUGGUUAUCCAGGGCCUCCGCCUCCGUAUAGUCCUUGUCCUGAUCCUAAUGCUUCUUUUGGUCGGCAGGGUUGGACUCCGGGGUUCUGGAGUGGAGCGCUAGGUGGUGCUGCAGCUGGAUACCAGAUGGGAAGACGUGGCAAUAGUGGAUUUGGGUCUGGUUUCAGGUCUGGAGGUUAUGAUGCCGGCGAAGGCAGCUCUAGGUCUCGCUCGCCGCCCCGAUUCUCAUCUACAAGUGAAAGCACUGGGUUCGGAUCUACAAGGCGCAGGUGA